CUCCAAAUUUUACACUCCGCGCGGAUCAGCCCCACGUUCAGCAGCAUGGCUCCGUGUAACAAGUGGUGGAUUUUGUGCGCCGUUUGGCUCUCUUGUGUCGCCCGCUUCGGCUCCUGUAGAAGACACAGACAAGCAGAUGAACCGCAGCCCGAGCUCUUCAUCUUCAAUGAGUUGUGCGCCCUCAAGAACGAGCCGGGGCCUUGCAAGGCCAUUAAGGACCGAUUCUUCUUCAAUAUCGACACUGGACGCUGUGAGCCGUUUGAAUAUGGAGGCUGUGGAGGUAAUGCCAACAACUUUGAGACCUUGGAAGCUUGUGAGGACACGUGUGUCGUCUCUGACGACAAGAACCCGUGUCAUUUAGCCGAAGCUCCUGGUCCCUGUCGAGGCCUGGUGACGCGCUACUUCUUUGACAGCAAGAGUCAGCAGUGCAGGCAUUUCUUUUACGGCGGUUGCUUUGGGAAUGCCAACAAUUUCAGGAGCAUGGCGGAGUGCCAGGCGAAAUGUCAGAACCCAGUGAAACCUACCAAAGCCACAGAAGUCCACACACACCCUGCCAGGAUGUCCAGAGUGGUGCAGCCCAGCAUAUUGACCAGGGAACUGACCGUACAUGAACCUCAGGUGCAACCAAAUGACACAAAUCAAGGAGCAAAAGAGUUGAAGUCUCCAGAGAUGUGCUUCAGGCCUGUGGAGCAGGGGACAUGUCACGGUGCAGAGAGGAGGUUUGCAUUCAACCCCAGGACCAAGAGAUGCCAGAUGUUUUCCUACAGUGGUUGCGGAGGAAAUGAGAACAACUUCACAUCCAGAAAAGACUGUAUAACAAAGUGCAUUCGAAGCAGAAAGGCUCAUGACAAGAAGAUGAUCCGAAUAAGGAGGAAAAACCUAUUCAACAUCGUUCAUCGCUCCGUCUGAAAACUUGGCUUUGCUUUUGAUCUGCAGAGCCGCAUGUAUUUAUGUCCAUAUUUUAUUUUUAGCUUCGCUCUUUUCUGUUGUGUUGUAGCGCUACAGAUCUUGUAUAAAAAAAUCAUUUAAUUCUACCUGAAUUAGUUUUGUAGUGACUGAGUGCAAUUAUCAUCCUCAUCCACAUUAAUUCAGUAUAUCAAACUGACAGAAAAACACAUUUGUUUUGCUGAUGUCUGAUAUAGCAGCUCUGUAUACUGAUGCUCUGUGUAGCAUUGCUUUUGCAUUCUGAUAUCCUUUUAAUUUUCACGUUUCAAGGCUCUGUUAUGAUCAUACUGAUGUAAACAUUUCACUGUAACUGCUAUGGGAAACACCCAAGUUGCAGCAAGAUUUUUUACAACAAAAUGAAUGCUUGAUGCUUUUCUACACCGGUUUUGGUACAAGCCUACUGCUGUUUAUCACCGUGAACAACAGCAUUAGCAGAUUAAACUGGUGGACAAGCCUCAUUCUAGGAUCAACGACAGCAAUAUAUGCAAUCCUCUCAAGCAAAUACAUUAAUCAGAGUGACCUCCUCACAGCUAUAAAUCAAUGAGAAUAUGGUCAUGAUUGCUUUAUUUUUGCCAGAUUAAAGAUGAACACUCUUCUUUUUCCUUUGAAAUCAAUGAUAUUCACUUUCUUAAAUCAAUAGUGUAGUCCUGCUGGUGUUGUUUGUUGGGAGGAACAGAAGGGGGCAGUGUUGUGUAACUUAAGUUUUCAAAGAGAUCGUUGGUAAGGCUGCACAGUAUUCAGUUUUCUUGUUGUGUAACCAUGGAUGUAAUGUAUUCGACUGUAGAAGUUUAUAGAAUAAAUUUCAACAAGUUUCUUCUCUU